AUGCAGCUAGCGGACUGGAGAGUCAGACCUCUGACGGAGGAGAUGAAGACCUACGGCCGGUCUGAUACGCAUUACCUGCCUUACAUCUACCAAUGCAUGCAGAACCAGAUUCUCGCCAGAGAUGAUCAGUGCGUACUGCUGCUCUUGCUGCUGCGUUUGCCGGUGCCUUUGGCGCUCCUUAUACGGUUACUGUGUUUCAUGUCAGGGCGAGCUGCAGUGCUAGGAGUGUUGGAGCGAAGCAGAGACAUUUGCCUCUCCCUGUACACUGAAGGGCCGUUUGACGAAGAAAAGGAAGCGAACCAACUCCUCAAAAGAAACAAUACCGCACUCGCGCCUCUUUCCUUUGCCGUUCUCAAGGGACUCCUCUCAUGGCGAGAUUCUGUGGCGCGGAAGAGGGACGUCAGCCCCCACGCGGUUCUGGCAAACGCCUGCAUCUUGCUGCUGGCGCAAAGGAGGCCGUCAAACCACGUCCAGCUGCGUCAUGCCAUCCGCCCCACACCACCAGCGGUUCACCGCUACGGCGUAGAGAUCCUUAAUGCUAUUCAACAGAUCCUGACCAGGAUCAACGACCAGAAGAGCAACAGCAGCAGCAGCAGCAGCAGCAGCAGCGGCAGCAGCAGCCAGAGCCGGUGGUCGACGACAUGGAUGAUCUGUUGCCGUCUGCUACAGUCCUUCGAGAAGCUGUAG